AUGGAUGGUGAUGCCUCCGAACAGCAUCACCGGGUGACCCGGUCAUCGAUAUCGGACCCGCCACCUACAGAUCCCGUCGAACCCGCACAUGGCCGAGCUCCCACCUCCGCCCAGAGCUUCACUCCGCGCUCACUCCUCGUCGGCCUCAUCAUCGGGGCCCUGAUCACAUUCUCGAAUACCUACUUUGGCUUACAGACAGGAUGGAUCAGCACAAUGGCCAUGCCUUCGGCCUUGAUUGGUUUCUCAGUCUUCAAGGUUCUCUCCAAGCAUCUGUCAUUCCCGUUCACGCCGGUUGAGAAUGUUCUGAUUCAGACGGUGGCAGGUGCAGUCGGAACAAUGCCACUUGGAUGUGGCUUUGUUGGGGUUAUACCCGCCCUGGAGUUCCUGCUUAAGCCGGGCGCAGAUGGACCGGAAGGCGAUGGCGGGGAAGGCGAGGGUGGCCCUCUGAACCUCAGCUUCUGGAAGUUGGUGAUCUGGAGUCUUGGGGUUUGCCUCUUUGGUGUCGUAUUUGCGGUACCGCUGCGGAAAGAGGUGAUUGUCCGAGAGAAAUUGCGAUUCCCGAGUGGCACUGCCUCUGCCUUGAUGCUCAAGGUCUUGCAUGGCUCUGGGAGCAAAGAAAAGAUUAUAGCACCUGAACAUCCUCGUGCGGAUGAUUUGGACACGAUUGCACCGCCUCCUUAUACGCAAGAAGAAACAAGUCUUCUGAAAGAUGCAGAUGCUGAAGAUCAAGCUGCCAACCAACGAGAUUGGCGGUCGAAGAUGCGCCUCUUGAUCGGCGCCUUUGUAGUUUCUGGAGUCUAUACACUAUUCUCUUACUUUGUUCCUCUGGUCCGUGAUAUUCCCUUGUUCGGCCUAAGCAUGGCCCACAACUGGCUGUGGACCCUCAACCCAUCACCAGCCUACAUUGGCCAAGGCAUAAUUAUGGGCCCAUCGACUUGCAUGCAUAUGCUCUUCGGUGCCGUAUUAGGAUGGGGUAUUUUAUCACCGCUCGCCAAAGCUCGUGGUUGGGCACCCGGUCCGGUAGACAGCUGGGAUGAUGGAAGCAAAGCAUGGAUUGUCUGGAUAUCACUGGCUAUUAUGCUUGCUGAUUCACUUGUUAGUUUGGGAUGGCUUCUUCUCAAGCCCAUCGUGGCUCGUUCCCCCGGAUGGAUCGCCUGGUUCCGAUCUACUCGUGUGGGACAAUGGAUCGCACUUCGGCUGCAGUCCCAUCAGCACUCAUAUAUCAACUACUCUGCAUUGGAGUCUGAGAAUCACCCGCUCACUCAUGAACAGGAUGAUAACCAGAUGCAUGGAGCCCAGGGCGAGGAGGAAGAGGAAGAUGCGCCACAAUCCCAACUCAUUUCCACUCGCACGGUGGUGAUUCUCCUUCCAUUGACUCUUCUGCUGAAUGUUGUGUGCAUGCAUAUUGUAUUUGGAGACAUUAUUUCUCCUCUUCUUUCGACCCUUGCUACCCUAUUGGCGGUGCUUCUGUCCAUCAUGGGCGUUCGAGCUCUGGGCGAGACCGAUCUCAACCCAGUCUCGGGUAUCAGCAAGCUCACACAACUCCUCUUCUCACUCGCCACACCCUCCUCUCAUUUCUCUCGACGUACUGCACUAGUAACCAACCUACUGGCAGGUGCAGUAUCUGAAUCCGGAGCUUUGCAGGCCGGUGACAUGAUGCAAGACUUGAAAACUGGUCACCUGCUCGGCGCAAGCCCCAAGGCCCAAUUCUAUGGGCAGAUGAUUGGCAGUCUUGUUGGUGCUGUUCUAUCUACCGCUGUAUAUAAACUAUACGUGAACGUCUACGAGGUUCCUGGCGAGAUGUUCCAGACACCUACUGCGUAUGUCUGGAUCUUCACUGCUCGCCUGGUGACUGGCCAAGGUCUCCCAGAAAUGGCUUGGCAGAUGUCCUUUGUUUUCGGCAUUAUCUGGGUAUUUAUCACUGCCCUAAGGAUUGCAACUGCGUCUCCUGCCUUCUCUCGCAAUGGGAAUCCUCCGCCCUGGAGAUCGUGGAUCCCUGGUGGUAUUGCCGUUGCUGUUGGUAUCUUCAACGUACCAUCCUUUACUUUGGCUAGAGCCAUUGGCGGUAUUGUCGCAUGGUGGUGGUCGCGGAAGCAUUCGGAGACAGCGAUCGAGCCUGUCGCUGGUGGAAACACUAAUGGCUCUGGUCCCUCCACAGAGUCUGAAACUCGUGAACGUGGGCCAUCAUCAGCCGAACAGGCAUCCGAAAAAGCAGAUGCUGCCUCCUCGGCAGUCGUUGUUUUGGCUUCUGGUCUUAUUCUGGGCGAAGGUAUCAUGAGUAUCGUGAACCUUCUUCUUGCAAGUGGACGAGUUCCGCAUCUGUGA